AGCAGAAUUUUUUUAGAGCAUUUCACUUUAGACGCUGUGGAAUCAACAGUAGCUGUGCUGUUCUCCCAUUCUCCAAGAAGCGCCACACUCCGACUUCCGGCGAUGUCCGGCAGCGGCGGAGUCCCGUGGAGAAUGCCGCUUGAUCCCGCAGCACAGCUGUCAUAUAGUCCCAGAACCUUGGUCGCUUCUGAACCAUCUGCUUUUAAGCACGUAGAAACAAAUUCCGUAGAUAUGGUGACAAGUCUGAAAACGCAAAAUGCAGGGAAAUGUCAGCAGCUCGAGGCUGAGUUUAUUGCUGCCCAUUCUAAGAAACUUAAGGAUGAUUUGCAGGAACUGGGUCUGAAAAUUAAGCAUCACGAGGAAAAUCUUAAAUACUUGACGAAUUUGAAGAUAAAUUUAGAUGAAUCAAUUCCAGAUAUGCAAGUCGCUCUUGGGAAGUAUGAUAAAGCAAGUUUCUUUCAGACAAAAAAGGAAGACCCUGCACUUGUGAAGAGUGGAGAAGAAACGAUCCAGAAUAUUCUUAAGCACGAGAACUCUGGGGCUGCUUUUGUGUAUCGGUUGAAAAUCCAAGCAGUAGCACUGUCGUCUGAUCAUUCACUCACAAAGGAUGUUAUUGGCAUUGUAGCCACACUUGGAAAACUCGAGGAUAACAAUCUUAGCAGGCUUCUUUCUGAGUAUUUGGGCCAGGACACCAUGCUAGCAGUGGUUUGCAAGACGUAUGAAGGUGUCAAAGCCCUGGAAGUAUACAACAGGGAGGGUGUAAUUGACAAAACUCUCGGCCUUCAUGGAUUUGCAGCUUCUAUCGGGAAGCCACUGGCUGAUCAAUUUAUUGUGAUUUGUCUUGAAGAUAUAAGACCGUAUGCGGGUGAAUUCAUAUCUGAUGAUCCUCAGCGGAGGCUUGAUCUUCUAAAACCAAGAUUACCUAAUGGAGAGACUCCUUUGGGCUUUCUGGGUUUUGCUGUGAACAUGAUCACCAUUGAAAGCAAUAACCUGCAUUGUACCUCGAAGAAUGGGGAUGGCCUUCGAGAAACACUCUUCUACCAUCUUUUUUCAAAUUUGCAGGUAUAUAAAUCGAGGGAAGACAUGUUAAACGCUCUCCCUUGUAUAAGAAAUGGCGCCAUAUCUCUAGAUGGAGGAAUGAUCAGAUGUUCCGGAGUAUUCUCCUUGGGCGAACACGAGAAAGAUAUAGAUCUGAAGUUCCCAACUGGCUCAGAGAUGUUCAACCCUCCCGAGGAAUACCUCGAGGCUGAAAAGGACAUAAAGGAGACUAAAUGGAAGAGGGAGCGAACAAACGAAGAUAUGAAGAGAGAGCAAGAUCUGCUGACCCGUGCUAGAUUCAACUACGAAAAGAAGAAGCAGGAGCUACUCCGUUUUCUUGCUAAGGGCUCAUCCAAUGUGUCGUCUCAGUAUCCGAUGGGACGUGGAUCGAUGCCCGGAUGAUGUCAUAGAGGCAGUAGUUGUGAUUGUUGAAGAGCUUCACAAACUCAUUUCAUCUUCUUCUUUCUAGUCUUGAUCGUAAGUAUCCUUUGAUGUGAAAGUGUAAAGGCUGCAUUUAGGUAGCUAUCUGUUUGUGUGUACUGAUGAAAUUCCAUGUCUUACUCAAUCUGUAGCAAGAGUUUAACCGACUAAAUUUUGGGCAUAGUAGUAAUUAAAUUUUGCUAA